AUGACGUUCCGAAGUAGGGACCAGAACAAGAAAUGUACCCUGGAUGCUUCCUUUGAUUUCCCACCAGGAACUUCUGCAGGGAUGGUCAAAAAAGUCAAGAUGCUUCUGGCGCAUCAAGGCUGCGAGAACGGGCAGGUCACUUCGUCUGGAAACUGCUGCACCCUCUGCCUCCCGGGCUUUGGGGCACGCGUGCCCUGCGGUAGCACCAACACUGUAUGUGAGCCCUGCCAAGAAAGUGUGACGUUCUCCUCCACGGCCAGUGCCACUGACCCUUGCCAGCCUUGCUCCUCGUGCCCGAGCCAUCUUCCCCUGCUGGGUUCUUGCACUCCGGCCCGUGACACUCUCUGUGCCACCAGCUGUCCCCGCGGGCAUUACCUUGCCCCAGGAAACGGGAGCCAGCCUCAGGGGCCCUGUGUGCCUUGCCAAACGUGCCAAGAAGGCUUUGGAGCUAUAAAGGCGUGCGGGCCCAGCACGGACACGGCCUGCCAAGAGUGCCCAGAUGGCUAUUAUUCGGAGGUGAAGAGCUCUUCCGAACCGUGCCUUCUCUGCCGACAGGAAUGUGGCAAGAAUGAAGUCAUGAUCCAGCCGUGCACCCCACUAUCAGACACUCUCUGCAUGGAUAAAGAGCUGCAGAUCCUGAAGCGCACCGAGGGGGGCGAUUCCCCCAAUUCGUCCUCCGAGUUUGUUCCCCCGCUGGUGGACGGCCAGCAGAACAACAUCAUCCCGGUCUACUGCUCCAUCCUGGCGGCCGUGGUGGUGGGACUCCUCGCCUACGUGGCUUUCAAAUGCUGGACCACUUGCAAGCAGAAACACCAGCUCGCCAAAGCCCGGAUGGGGGAGGUGGGCUCGUCCCCGGAAGGGGAGAAGCUUCACGGAGACAGCGGCGUCUUCCUCGACACCCACAGCCUCCAGGAACACCACCCGCUCAACAAGGGACCCAAAGCCGACCCCCAGCUGUACAGCAGCCUCCCCCACCCCAAGCAGGAAGACGUGGAGCAGAUGCUGGAAACACCCACCCCCCACGGCAAAGACUGGCGCAGCCUGGCCAACCACCUGGGCUACGAGGAAGAAACCAUCGAGACCUUUGACCGGGGAGAAGCCCCUGCCCACACGCUGCUCUCCGAUUGGUCAGCCCGGGAGGGGGCCACCCUGGAGGUCCUGUGCACGGCACUGGCCGCCAUCGAGAGGGGGGACGUGGUGGACCGUUUGAACGUCCCCGUCGAGGUCAGCUCUGUGGUGUGAAGGACGCGCUCUGCAGCCGAUGGACCUGCAACGAUUAUUUUUGUCAAUCUGGGUUUUCCUUAAAAAUAAAACAAAAUUUUAAAAAGCAGGG